UCAGUUCCUCUUCCUGGAGUUUCCUCCUUUUCUUCCUGUGAAAGGUUUAUUUUUGGUUCUUCCUUUCCUUGUCUUGAUUUGAUGGUCCUAUGGAUUAGAGGGUGUUGUAAUGCUGCGUAGGUUGUUAAGAUCCUCAUGGAAACUCUUUGAAAUGUGGUGUUGGGCUAUUCAAAACUUGACAAAAAGGGAAAUGUUGCUGUUGUUGACUACAGUAGAGACAGCCUAUGGGUCAGUACUGUGGCCUGCUACUUUGUGACAGCAAUUAUAUGGCAUACAGUAUGUCAUCUCUGACAAAAGCCACAUUAUCAAAAAAUGAUGUUAUGAAUAGUAGGUUGUUGUUUGGACUGAACCACAACCUGCUACAGGCGAAGUUUGAACUAUUACUCAGUUUCCAGGAUCUGGCUUGUGGUAAGUGUAUUAUCUGCAGGCAGUAAACACAGGUCUGGUUCCAUUUUUGAGGCUUCAGUCUGUUGAUUUCUCUUUCUUUGAGCAAAAUUACUUGGAAGGCACUUUCUCCGGAGCAGCCUGGUCCCUUUGCAACUCCUCUCAGUCAGAUGCCACUGACGUGACUUCCUUUGUGGAGGUAUCACACAAAUAAACAGACAAAAACGACUCAACAUGCAAACAGACCGGACGCGUAACCAAACCAAAUCACACUUCAUUCAGUGGCGUCCGUUGCUUGCACUGGUUCCAAGUGGCCACAGGGCGCGUUUCCGCCACAUGUCACUCCUCCCUGCAGCUCAGGUCACUUGGAUGCGGGCACCAUCGCCUGCAGGACGCACCACCUCACUCAGCACCUUUCUAUGUAAAUGACCCGUGCAGGCACUUCCCACCCUCACUGGCUCCAGGGCGCAGGAGCUCUAACUCCAGUCACACUCGCCGGGCAAUCUCAUCCACUGGUUCUCAUAGACAUUUCUGCUCCACAUCGGGUAUGAUCUGGCGACUGGUGGUCCUCGGCGGGGUGUGCGUCUGUCUCGUGGCCGCCGAAGGCAGCAGCCGCGCGGGGAGGACGGUGACUUUCCACCGGACGCGGCAGGAUGGGAGCCCGCGCCAGGUGCGCGCGCGCCCCAGGCGGGACACCAGCAGCCCGCCGGGCGCGUCCAAGCUUUCUCACGGUCCGGCCUUCAGCCCCUGCCGGCUCCCCCUCACCGCGGCCGAGCACAAAGUUCUGGAUGACAAUACGCACGAGACGGGGUUUAAUGGUGACGAUGGCUCCUAUGUGAUUCUCACAUGGGUGGGCGACGGUACAGGAGUGGUGCUGGUGCUGUCCACAAUUAGUGUUCCGAUCAACACUUUUCUGGAUGGAGGCUCCUCGCGACUUUACAGAAGUACGGAUUAUGGAAAGUCCUUCCAUGACAUUUCCCAUCGGAUCAACAACACCUUCAUAAAGGAGGAGUUUGGAGUCAGCGUCGGACCGGGAAGCUCUGUGAUAUUGACAGCCGACACACCGGUGGUGGACAACCCAGGAGGGAUCAUCUUCACCUCCGCGGAUGCCGGCGCGACCUUCAAGCUCAUCCAACUGCCCUUCCACUUGGAUCAGCCAAUCACGUACCACUUCCUCAACCCCGACUACCUCGUGGCCCUCAGCAUCGACGGCGGUCUGUGGCUCUCGCUGGACUUUGGUGCCAAGUGGACAAAGGUUCACGAUGGAGUGCAUUCUUUCUCAUGGGGGGCUGGUGUUAAUUUGUUCUUCAGCUGCAGUCGAGUGGACACAGUCGAGGCAGACGAGAGGGGCGACUUGGUGCUGAAGGGGACCAGGGACCUGGGGAAGAGCUUCGCCACGAUCCACGAGGACAUCUACAGUUUCGGCUACAUCGGGGCCUUCCUCUUCUUCUCCGUGAUGGAGGAUUCGAGAUCCCCUCGCGUCAUGUAUUUCUCAUCAGACCAAGGAGAUACCUUCAGUCGAGCGCUUCUGCCCUCUGCUUCCACUGAGCAGUUCUACUCCAUCCUGGAUGGAGACGUGGAUAUGCUCUUCAUGCAUGUGGACAACCCAGGAGACACCUACUUUGGGACCAUGUACACGUCGGACGACCGCGGGAUCUUGUUCUCCAGGUCGCUGGAGCGCCACCUGUUUGACGGGCACAGGAAGAGCGACUUCACCAACAUCACGUCGCUGAGAGGAGUGUACCUCACCAACAAACUAGACGAGGAUGGCCGCAUAAGAUCUGUCAUUUCCUUCAACAGAGGAGGGAUGUGGCGACAACUCAACAAGCCCGAGAACGUGGACUGCGGCGAGCAGAUUAAGAAAUGCAACCUUCAUAUUCAUGGGGAACACAGUCGGAACAACAUGAUCGUUCCCAUGCUUGCUCUGUCCGAGCCGUCUGCCAUUGGGCUGGUUAUCGCCCACGGCACAGUGGGUGAUUCUCUGUCCUCGUCGCAGCACCCGGACGUGUUUGUUUCCUCGGACGGGGGCUACAGCUGGAGGGGGACUCUGAGGGGACCCCACCACUACAGCAUACUGGACUCCGGGGGUCUCGUGGUGGCUGUGGAGGCCCAGCGCGGAGGACAAGUCAGGACCAUCAAGUUCUCCACAGACGAGGGCCAGUGCUGGAAGUCGUACAACUUCACCGAGCAGCCCUUCUUCUUCGCAGGCCUGGCGUCCGAGCCGGGCACCAAGGCCAUGAACGUCAGCGUGUGGGGCUUCCGGCCCGAGGAAGACGGCCAGCCCAUGUGGGUGACGGUCACCAUUGACUUCCAGAGCCUCAUCACCAGAGAGUGCAACAAGCGGGACUACGAAGAGUGGCUGGCUCAUUCGACAGAGGGAGGGGACGCCGGGCGGAAAGGCUGCGUCCUGGGUGUCAAGGAGACGUACAGGAGGCUGAAGAAACAAUCUGUGUGUCGAAACGGGAAAGGCUUCGCGGUGAGCAAGAAGCAGAGCCCCUGCUUGUGUACCAGGGACGAUUACUUAUGUGACUACAGCUACUAUCGUCACACCAACACGUCAGAGUGUGUGAGGCAACCCAACGCUGCGAAUAAAACCUUGGAGGUCUGCUUGGAUGGAGAGGAGGAUGAGCUGCUGACAGCGGGGUAUCGCAAGGUGCCGAGUGAUAAGUGUGAGGGGGGGUUCACGCCUCAGCUCGCCGUGCAGACAGUCGUCAGACCCUGCGGCGUUAAACCCAGCCCCAGCCCGCCGCCCGAGCCAGCGCCUCCAGGCACAGUCUUUGACACGCCGCGGGAGAGGUUGGUGUUGAUCCUGGUGUGUGCCGGGGCAGGGGCCAUCGUCCUGGUGGCUAUCGCUUCCGCCUUCCUUGCAGUCAAGCGAGUGGUUUAUAGCAACAGGACGCCCGUGUAUCGUUUCUCCAACCUCCAGAUACAGGAUGACGACAACUCCGUCACGGCUGAUCUUGAAAGUGCCAACAGCAGCAAUGGCACAGUCUGCCAACAUGACUCAGAUGACGAUCUUAUCGGAUGACACAUGACAUGAAAUAAUAACUAUCCACUAUUUGAAACCAGCUGUGCUGAAAAAGACUGCCAACCGCAUUUUGUUGGAGCAAUCCCUCGUAUUUGGAUGGGAGCGACCUUUGUGCCAAGUUCUGGGAAUUUUUAAUGACAAGCAUGAAAUUGUUAAAUGUAUUAAUUUAUUGAGCUUACUUCAUUCCAUUGCUUUACUUUUCCUAACUUUUAAAUGUACAGUAUAUAUUUUUUUUUAUUUUACUGUUUUUUUGCACCAUCUUUUUAUGUCUGUUAAAUGUGAAAACAAACAUGAAAAUUCUUAAAAAUUUACAUUUGUGAAAAAUAAAUGAUU